AUGGCCACUCACGGACGAGCUCGAGCACGUUCACGAGAGAGUAGGAAUAAGCAACCGGCUGAUAACCAUGCCAGGUUCAUGGCGGUGAUGGAGAACCUGGCGAACACCAUGGAAGCGAAUACUACUGCGACUCUGCAAGUUGUGCGGAGGUCAAUCCAACCAGCCGGAAGCGGGAACGAAAAUGGAGAAGGUGCUGAGGAUAGCUUGAGUGGUGUCCCGAGGACUCUAGCUGCUUUUUGGAAAGCUGGCCCGCUGGUUUUCAAUGGUUCGACAAACCAUACUGAAGCAGACGACUGGGUACAGGCUGUGGAGCGUGCAUUGCUAACUCAACAUGUACCGUAUGACAAGUUCGUGGAAUAUGCGACUUAUCAACUAGUGGGAGAAGCUCAACAAUGGUGGCAAGGAGAGCGCCGACUGCGACACCAACAGAACGUGAACAUUACCUGGGCGUUAUUCGGGGAAGCUUUCUACAGGAAAUACUUUCAUAAGUCAUUAAGGGAGGCUAGAGAAUUGGAGCUCUUACAGCUGAAGCAAGGGUCCAUGACUAUAGCAGAAUACACCAGCAAGUUUGAGGGACUCUGUAGGUUCUCGAGGAUAAGUCAGGGUACUCCUAAGUCUUAUGAGGAAUGGAAAUACAUCGGAUACGAAGUAGGGUUGAGAGAGGAUAUCAGGCGUGCUGUGGCUCCACUGAUGAUGAGGAGAUUUUCGGAAUUAGUAGACACGGCGAGGUUUGUUGAAGAAAAUGCAAGGACAGUAGCCCCGUCAAGGAACACUCAUGGAGAAAAUUCUAGAAGGGAACUCGAUGAUCACCUCGGACCAAGGGGACAGAACUUCAAGAAAGAUGGACAUACUCCCCAGUAUCUACAAGGUCAAGGGAACUUCAGAAGGGGCAACAAUGCUCAGUUUCAUCAGGUGAAAGAAAAUGGUCAAUGCUAUAAUUGUGGGAAACCUGGACAUAUAUCUAAGUUUUGUCGCCGCGGGAGGAACCGAGAUAAGGAUCAGAAUCAACAGUCAGGCCAUGUGCGUACUUUGGAUGCACGUGAUGCGAUGGGUUUGGAUCCUCCGAUGAGAGAUAAGCGUAUGCUUUGA